CCUCUGAUAAAGUAGUCCAACAGUUUCAAAGUUCAGUUGUUGAACAGAAGAGUUGCAGCAACAACAAGAAGACUCUGUUGAAAAAUCAUGGCUCUGUACAGCCGAGUUUCAGGCUCUGUCGGUGUGAUUACUCUGCAGAAUCCUCCCGUCAAUGCACUGAGUGCUGCUGUGAGGCAAGGCAUUGUUGAUAUGAUGCACAGAGCCCUCAGAGAGCCAGAGGUGAAAUCUGUGGUAAUCUGUGGCCAGGAUGGGAAAUUCUGUGGAGGAGCAGACAUCAGAGAGUUUGGAGCUAAAAUGAGCGGCCCUCCUCUGGUGCCAAUGAUCCAUAUGAUCGAGGCAGCAGCCAAACCAGUGGUGGCAGCCAUCGAAGGGGUCGCUUUAGGCGGAGGCCUGGAGUUAGCGCUCAGUUGUCACUAUCGUAUCGCGCACUCUAAGGCCAGACUUGGACUUCCAGAAGUGACUUUGGGUCUGCUGCCGGGUGCAGGAGGAACUCAGCGUCUCCCGAGGCUCAUUGGUGUCCCGGCUGCCUUGGAGCUCAUCACUACUGGCCGCCAUGUGACUGCGGCGGAGGCUCUGCAGCUUGGAAUAGUUGAUGAGGUGACGGAUCAAAAUGCUGUCGAUGCAGCUGUGAAGUUUGCUCAAAGCGUUGAAGGUAAAUCUCUGGAUGCCCGUCGAAUCGGUACGUUUCCAUGCCCACGCCCCCCUGAUUUGGAUGCAGUCUUUGAAAAAGUGAUGAAAGAGGUGCGGCGGAGCGCCCGCGGAGCCAUAGCACCUGUUACCUGUGUCCAGGCAGUUCACGCUGCUGUCACUCUGCCCUACGCUAAGGGGAUGGAGCGAGAGAGGGAGCUAUUUUCCACACUCUUCACCUCAGGCCAGGCCCGUGCUCUGCAGUACUACUUCUUUGCCCAGAGAGCUGUCAGCAGGUGGAGCACGCCCAGUGGUGCCCGCUGGGACACCAGCAAGCCCAGGCCUGUCCGUAAAGCCGCUGUUAUCGGGCUUGGCACCAUGGGACGAGGUAUAAGUGUGUCCCUGGCUCAGGCAGGGUUCUCUGUGGUUGCCGUGGAAACCCAGGAGAAGCAGCUGUUGGAGGCCAAGCAGGCAGUAUCUGGCAUGUUGGAGCGUGACGCCAAGAGGCGAGGGGCGCCCCUGGCACACGGUAAUAUCAAAUACAGCUGCAGCCUUAAGGCUGCAGCAGAUGUUGACCUCGUCAUCGAAGCUGUGUUUGAGGACAUGGCUCUGAAGAAAGCCAUUUUUAGGCAGCUGUCGGCCAUAUGCAAACCAGGAACAUUUCUGUGCUCAAACACCUCCGCGCUGGACAUAGACGAGCUGGCUUCUCAAACCCAGAGCCCAGAGCUGGUGGUUGGGAUGCAUUUCUUCGCUCCGGCUCAUGUCAUGAAGCUGCUGGAGGUGGUGUAUGGGCCACGUUCCUCUCCUGAAGCUGUGGCCACGGCCAUGCAGAUGGGGAAGAAAAUAGGAAAAGUGAGUGUUGCAGUUGGAAACUGUCGGGGCUUUGUAGGGAACCGAAUGCUGAAGCCUUAUUUGGAGCAAGCUUUCUUCUUGUUGGAAGAAGGAGCCACACCUGAGCAGGUGGAUCAGGUGUUGGAAGAGUUUGGGUUUCCUAUGGGUGUAUUCAAGGUGUCUGACCUCUCUGGGUUGGAUGUUGGGUGGAAAAUCAGGAAAGCAGAUGGUUUAGUUGUGCCUGACUCUACAGGAAAGUCUGCUAGAAUCCAGGGAGGCAGGAGGUACAGUCCUUUGGGAGACCUGCUCUGUGAGCAGGGAAGGUUUGGUCAGAAAACGGGCAGAGGGUGGUAUCAGUACGACAAACCUGGUGGUCGUGUGGCUAAAUCCGACCCUUGGCUGCACAGAUUUCUGGAGGAGUACAGAGCCCGGCAUGGCUUGGUAGCACGCCGCAUAGAUCAGCAGGAAGUGCUGGAGCGCUGCCUCUAUGCCUUGAUUAAUGAGGGCUUCCAAAUUCUCCAGGAUGGAAUAGCUGCAGGACCUGAAGACAUCGAUGUCAUCUAUGUGCUUGGGUAUGGCUGGCCCCGCCACCGCGGGGGUCCCAUGUUCUUCGCUGACAUGGUGGGCCUGGACAAAGUUUUGGACAGGCUGGAACGCUACCACCAGCUGCACCCUGAUGUUCCAGGCCUGAAGCCCUGCAGCCUGCUCAGAAAGCUGGCUGCCGGCGGCUGCCCACCGAUCCACAGAUGGAGGGAGGUCAUCCAGAAACCCCACAGCCAGCUUUAAACUUCAGCUCACCUACAAUGUGUGAGCUAAUUCCUCUAAUCAGAAAUGCUAAUUAACCAAAUGAUUGUAAAUCUACUUUGCAUUUAGCUUUAAGAAACUGCAUUAAACUAAAUCAUAUUACGUAAAUUAUUUUCAUCAUGUUUGUAAAUGUAAGGGUAGCAACUGUUGAAAGAGGGCAUUCUAUACUUGUAAAAGCCAAUUUUUUGUUGCAAUUAAUGUUUAAUAGCUUAAUGCCAUUUUAAUAUCAUACAAAGCUUGCUUGUAUUUAGUAAUACGAUUUCAUUUAUAAAAGGGAAAACACUCUUCAAAACAACCAGUCUCUAAGUGUAAUUUGCUUUUUUUUUAAAUUAUUUUAAGAACACACAGUCGCAACUCAUGCAGAAUUACAUCCCAACUUUGUCUAGGCCGUUGAAACCUUCAUUUUGUUGUUUUUCAUACCUGUCCUCCACUAUAUACAAAAUCGGCCUUAACUUAAAGACAUGAAUUGGUCGACCAUUUACAGCAAAGAUUUCUGGUGGAGAGAGAAAUUCACAGUUUGAUUGAAAUACGGCAAAUUGUCCUCAGCCUCAUGAAGGAAGUAGACUCAGAAAACCAAACCUCCAACAAAUUAAGUAUAUGUAUGAUUCUUUAAUGUGUUUUUUGUACCUUUCUGCUGUUCAGCCUGUACUGGGUCAUUUAGCUCAUUUAGUAAUCCAUUCCAGUUGUGUAGAUGUGAUUAACUUUGAUUGUCUUUUCUAAAAUUACUUUCGAUUGCACCAUGAUGUCUUCCAUGGAAAUUAUUAAAACUCGAUGCUCGCUUUGUUUAAGCUGCACUCAUAUUUAACAAAUAAAUAGGUGUAUUUUGUGCACAGUAGGACUAGAUUUGAUAAAAUGUAUAAACGUCAUAGAUAAUCUUGCAGAUAUUUGAUCUUGAUCAGGUUUGCAAUAUCAGAAUAAGAGCUUAAUAUAUGCUUUACUUUGAUUUGAAAACCUGAUGAACCCUUUAGAAAAAAAAAAGAUCUGGAAUGCGGUACUUAUUGCAGUUCUGACUGCAAGAACAAA